GACAACAUCUUUCUUUGGCACUCGUCCACUUUGAAAGCGGGAAUUGGCCUCGUCACGUCGCAAACCAGACCAUGGCGACCAGACUCACUCGGAGCGGAGCUUUUGCUUCAGCUCUCCGGCCCACGAAACCGUCGACAUCAUGCCGCACCGCCCAUGUCCUGCGCCCUAUUUCGACAACCGCUGCUCGCCAUGUUGUGAUGCCGGAUGCUCAAGACCUGCGCAAGGCCCCCCGCGAUCCCAUUGGCACUCUCGAGGCCCCUAUCGUGAACCCGGCCGAUAAAUACCAGAGCAAGGCGGACAACUUGCACCGCUACGGCGCCUGGUUGAUGGGCUGCAUGCCCAAAUACAUCCAGCAGUUCUCCGUGUGGAAGGAUGAACUCACGAUCUAUAUUGCGCCAUCUGGCGUCAUCCCGGUCUUCACCUUCUUGAAGUUCAACACUGCUGCUGAGUUUACCCAGUGCAGUGCCGUCACAGCUGCCGACUAUCCAACACGCGAGAACCGGUUCGAGGUUGUUUACAACAUGCUAUCUGUCCGCCACAACUCUCGCAUUCGCGUGAAGACAUACGCAGACGAGGCAUCGCCUGUUCCCAGCAUCACCGGCCUCUACGCCGGCGCUAACUGGUACGAGCGCGAGGUUUACGAUCUGUUUGGUGUUUUCUUCGUGGGUCACCCCGAUCUGCGUCGCAUCAUGACGGACUACGGCUUCGAGGGUCAUCCUCUCCGGAAGGACUUUCCUUUGACCGGAUACACCGAGAUUCGCUACGACGAGGAGAAGAAGCGCAUUGUGACAGAGCCUCUGGAGUUGACGCAGGCCUUCCGUAACUUUGAGGGUGGUUCCAGUGCUUGGGAGCAGAUCGGACCCGGCGUGGACAGGACUCCCGAGUCUUUCAAGCUGCCCACGCCCAAGCCUGAGGAGAAGAAGGAGGAACCAAAGAAGUGAGCCCAUCACUCGGGUGUACGACUUAUAUGUUAGAUAUAGCCUGCCGUGCGAUACGGCAACAUAUUCCCAAAUUUCUUUCGUCAGGUCUCACUUUUGGCGCCGCAACACUUGGUUUCCUCAGGGCUAUGAAGCAUUCAGAGCAGUGCACAACCUUUCCUGCACCACCUGACUCGGACAAUACGUUACCCACAUGCCGCAGUCUACACGCAAGGCUAUAAAAGUAGAUAUCCAGGUGGUGCAAACUGGAUCGGCGCUGCCCCUCAGGAUACUGUAAGUUCGUAUUGAAUUAGGUUAUACACUGGAGGGAUUUAGCUCAACUUGGUGCUUAGCUCGUAACUUUCGUAGUGCUACUGAGAGCUAAUCAUAGUAGACCCCUAUUUGCUCAGACUGCAGUUUCCCAUUCAAUUCAGUACGUAGCACCAUAGUAGCCAUCAGCAUUUUUGAAGAUGCUGCGUCAAUGCUCAAGGCAUCGGGAACGGCGAGC